CUAAUCCUCUCUCCCGCUCAAUUUCCAGGCAGAACGAGACCGUCAAUAUGAGCUACCCCAAGCCCACCGCCCCCCUAAACCACCGAAGGAGUCCUACUUGAGGGAAUUAGUUUUCACACCACAUCCCUUCACUCCCUCCAAUAAAGCCCAUAUGAAAGGCAGCCCUCUGUACACUGACCUGAGGCUCACCAGCCUGUCAGAUGGCAAGCGCGGCCAACCAUCCUGGACCAUCAAGGAGUAUGAACGCAACUCAGAAAAGAAAGGAAAGCAGCUCACAGCCCUGGACCUGCAGACACAGGAGUCCCUAAACCCCAAUAACCUGGAGUACUGGAUGGAGAACAUCUACACACCAAGCUUUGAUUCACUGCUCAAAAGGAAAGAGGCAGAGUUCAGGAGGGCAAAGGUGUGUAAGAUUGGCAUGUUGAUUGCAGCAGCUACCUGUACUGUGAUCCUGGUCAUCGUUGUUCCAAUUUGCACCAUGAACAUGUGAGAGUACCAGGGCGAUACACUUUUACUGCUGUCAUUUUCUGUUUGUGAUCUGGGUAUGUAAGUGGGCAGCAGAUUUACCCCAAAAAUUAAUUAUUGGAAAUUGACCUUGUCAGUUGGAGGCCUUUUGCCAAUGAUAACAUGAUUUGGGCAGCUAUUGUACAAUAGAAAUUAAUUCAUUAAGUGUAAUAUAAACUGUAUGUCUACUGUUGUAGUUUACUGUUAAACUGUGUGGAACAGUUUGAAGGUCACUGAUUUAAUUAUGAAACCUUUGCAGCAGAUGAUCAAUAAACUUAAUUCGAUUUGUUAUUGUAGCCAGUGUAUAUUUUUAUUUUCAUAUAACUACUCUACUGUGUAUUUUGAUCAAAUUAAUUUUUUAUGAAUU